AUAUUUAGCCGUCAUUGUCCUGAUAAUCUUAAACUUUAUAUAAAAUUGAAUAUCCCCAUGGAAAAUCCUUAUUCCUUAUUUGUUUUGUUGAUGUUGAUGCGUUCCUGAAUCCUGAAUAUACUUUUAAUUUUCCAUUUUACCAUUUAACAAGACAAUGUUGAAUCAAAUUAAAAAUAAAAAUGAAUUCCAGGCAGCUACACAGAAUCAAAACUUGUCUGUGAUACAUUUUCAAGCAGAAUGGGCUGAACAAUGUGCACAAGUGAAUGAACUUCUAGAAGCUUUGGCCUCUCAACAAAACUAUUCCAGUGUGAAAUUCUACUCUUGCCCUGCUGAGGACUUUGCUGAAGAAUGUUUGAAAUACAAAAUAGAAGCAGUUCCCACCAUCCUCUUAUUCCGAUCUGGAAACCUAUUGGAAACAGUCCAUGGUGCUGAUCCUUCAAAAAUAGCUGAAGCAGUGAAUAAACAUAAUUCUAGUGGAGACAGUUCUGCAGAACCAAUUUUAUUAGAACAGAGGUUGAAAGCACUAAUUAAAAAAGCCCAUGUUAUGCUCUUCAUGAAAGGAGAUAGAAAUACCCCACGCUGUGGAUUCAGUAAAAAAAUUAUAGAGAUAUUGAAUGAUACAGGAGUUCCAUAUGAGACUUUUGAUAUCCUAACAGAUGAAGAAGUGAGGCAGGGUUUGAAAAAAUUGUCUGAUUGGCCAACAUACCCACAACUUUAUGUUAAUGGAGAACUUAUUGGAGGUUUGGAUAUAAUCAAGGAAAUGCUAGCUUCUGGUGAUUUAGAAUCUGCUCUCAAGGGCUGAUCAAAAUUAUAAUAAAAUAUUUUAGUAUCAUCAUUAUUAUUUUGUUCUCAUUCAGGUUAGAGAUAUUUAUAUAUGUUGCUUGGUUUCAUGUUCCUGUGAAGGAAAAUCAAAUAAAGUGUUUGCAGCUGAA